UCCUAGGCUGGUGUGACGUUGUGUUCAUUGUGAACUUGUUAGUCAUAUAAUACUAGGCUUAUUCCCAUUUUUAUUCAAGAAUGAGCGAUGAUAUAAAAUUCAUCAUAACAGAGCUCAACAAAGUUUUGGAUCGAAACUACAAUUUGAUCACCUUUGACGCAUUGCGCUCUGAGGAUCUAUUACAAGUUCUCAGUGAUGUUUUGGCUGAAAUACAACAAGACGGUCCCCCGCACGAUGUUAGAAUCGAAACCCCGGAGCAAAACUCUGUACGCAUCUUUUCCGCCUUGAGAGUCUUAAAGUAUCAACCUCAAGGUGACCCAGCGUUAUUCAGGCACGGACUGGUGAAGGGAGAGUCCUCAACAAUACAUGCAGUCCUAAAAUGGCUUCUGUCCAAUAUGGAUAUCUCACGACAAAGAGCAUAUCUGGCCCGCUUUUUGGUGAAGGUAGAAGUGCCCACAGAGUAUUCGGGUGAUCCUGAAUUGACGGGACUGUAUGAUCAGUACGCGAGAUUGGUCGAUGAAUUCAAAGCGAUUCACAAAGAACGAGAAGUUGGAAAAAAGGGUGGGGAGGCUGCAGCAGAACUGAAGAAUGAUCUGGAAGCUAUGCAAAAGGAGCGAGAAGUGAUUCUGGGAAGAGUGGAAAAAAUGAAACUAAGGGCUGAGAGUGCACCCCAAUUGCUUGAAGCUGCUCGGAAACUUCGUGUUGAAAGAGACAGAGAGCGUGAGCUGGCGUUGCAAAAACUCCAACAACAAGAAUCUACAGCUAUGUUGCAGGUAUCACUGCAACGGACAGAGCGCGAGCUGCACAACCUAAAGGAAUCUGGAGCAAGUCUUACUCCCCAAAAAUUGAUUCAACGUUUGUCGGAAGAAGUUACCGUGCAAACAGCCAUAUCCAGAGAUCGACUGCCUGUAGAGUUAGCAGUAAAAAAGUCUCACGUCGAUGCGUUAAGGUUCGUCUCUCGCUCGGUGCACUUGGGACCGGAUGAUAUUAUUGCGUUGCGGAAUAAACUGGAUGUAGCUGCUCGAGAAGUACAAACUCUAGCUGAAAACAAGGCUACUGGAGGUACAGACAAAGUGGCACCAUUCAGGCAGCAGGCAGCAGCGGUUGCUGGAAUGAAACGAACUGUACUGGACAAACUGAAGAGAUCUGAAGAGACUCUUGAGGAAAUGAAUGCUCGGUUAGCAGAGCGACGAGAGGAGGCCAGACAGCUCGCUGAAGAGCCAGCGCCAAGAGGCGACGAACUGAAGCGGUACGUCACGCACCUCAGGGCCAGGAGCACGUUAUACAAGCAACACAGAGCGGAACUUGCUGGCCUUCGAGCAGAGGGAGGAGUCCUGAAUCGCACCCUGCGUAUAUUGGAGGCGCAACUCAGCCGUGUCAGGGUCAGUAUCAGCCCUGUGCAAAUGGGACUUGCAAAAACUCUACCGGAUGGAUUUACGGCAGAAAACGUAGUCUCAGCCAAUGUAGAACUGGCACGGAAUAUCUCUGCAUUCAGAGCUCAGCUAGUAUCGCUGCUAAACGAACUGAGACCGCUAAGACAGAAGGCACAGGAAGUAGACGAGCAACACGAACGAGCAAAAAUUAGCCAUAGCUCUGUAGAAACGAGCUUGGAGAGUUCUACAGUCGCAUUAUCAUCUGAAUUGAAUUCUCUCCGAGAUAACAAUGAUAAGGAGAUGGAAGAAGUCAAGCAGUUGCGUAUCAACAUAUCGAAACUAAAAAUUGCAAAAGACAAAAUUCAGCAGGAAAUGCGGCGUUACGCGAGUCCUAGCAGCGGAUCAACACUAAGGGAUGAGCUGAAUGAAGCAAUUCAAGCAGAGGAAAAGAAGCUAAAUUUCUUCAAGAAUGAAGAAAAAUCGCUCAAGGAUCAAUUGGCUAAUAGCGAGACGCAGAUACGUUUGUGGGGCAACCUGAUAUUGAUUUACGAGUGCAAAUGGCAGUCCGCCGAGGACAGCAAACGCCGAGAUGGGGUUGUCGUACGUGGACAAGGAGCAGAGACCUUGAUUUUACAGUAAUGCAACCAUUUGGUAAUGCUAUAGUUUUAUUACAAAAGAAAAAAUAAUUUUAAGUACAUCCAAACGUUAGAAAUGAUUUUUUAACAACAACCAAGUCAACAGUCCCAACCCGCCGAGUGUACCAAAGUAAAAAGUGGUACUCCUUGAGGUGCCUCUGUCCUGCAAA